AUGGACUAUUCCACUAAGUUAGGAAAGAAUUAUGCCCCCUAUUCUGAUGUUGCUGCCUAUCGAUGGUUAAUUGGAUGGCUUGUUUACCUCACCACCACUAGGCUGGAUAUCUCUUUUUCAGUGGAAAAGCUUAGCCACUACCCAGAUUGUCCCACCACUACCCACUACCAUGUCUCCAUUUGUGUUCUCAGGUAUCUCAAACAAGCUCCGGUAGCAGGCUUGUUCUUUCCUGUCUCCUCAGAUUUAGUUCUCUCUGGCUAUUCAGACACUGAUUGGGCGCCAUGCAUUGAUACUAGAAGAUCUGUCUCUGGAUUUUGUUUUUAUUUGGGCACUUCCUUAGUCUCUUGGAAGAGCAAGAAGCAGCACACUAUAGCUAGAUCAUCUUUAGAGGUUGAGUAUCGUGCUUUGGCCUUAGCAACCUGCGAGGCACAAUGGAUUUCCUAUAUUUUAGCUGAUCUGCACAUGCCCCUAUUGAACUCCAUUCCUCUUUAUUAUGAUAGCCAGUCAGCCAGAUACAUUGCAACCAACCCUAUAUUUCACGAAUGA